AGUUUCAGAUUGAGUUUGCAUGAAAGCAGACGUACGAAAAGAUGGUACCCUACCACUUAGUCCUUAUUUAUUGUGGAUGUUUAGUAUUUGCAACAGCUCAACAAAACUUUAGUGCAUUAAGCGAUGAAACAUUUAGAAAGACGGUUUCAUCUGCACCAGAAGUUUGUGCUAUCAGUGGUUGUGUUCGUGGAAAAUCAGAAAAUGGACGAAAAAAGCCCUAUGAUGCAUUCUACGGAAUCCCUUACGCUGAACCUCCUCUUGGAAAACUGAGAUUAGAGAAUCCAGUUCCUCAUUCUAGUUGGUCAGGAUACUGGGAUGCUUCGUACGCAAGAGACAAUUGUUAUCAACAAAACUUUCAUGUUUCCGGUGCUCCCAUAUCAGGAUCCGAAGAUUGUUUAUACCUCAAUGUCUACCGACCGAUUGCUAGGAAAUCUAAUAAGAAACUACCAGUACUUGUGUAUAUCCAUGGCGGUUCCUAUUGCUCCUAUUCAUCAGAUCCUGGAUACUUUGGACCUGAAUAUUUUAUGGACAAUAGCGAAGUGAUCUUGGUAACACUCAAUUACCGACUUGGCCUAAUUGGUUUCCUCUGUUCUGGGGAUGAAGCUGUUAAAGGGAACUUUGGAUUGAAAGAUCAGCAAAUGGCUCUUAAAUGGGUAGCCAAAAAUAUUGAAUAUUUUGGUGGAGACGCCUCUUCAAUAACUCUUGCUGGCCAAAGCGUUGGAGCAUCUUCGAUUAAUUUGCAUAUGAUGAAUCCAGUAUCCCAGGCUCUUUUUCAUCGAGCGAUUCUAAUAAGUGGUACCGCCAUUAGUUCUUGGCACAAUUUAAUUGAUUCAGCAUCACAAUUUCGGCAAGUCGCGAAAAAUAUGGAACUUAGGAAAUGGGAUACUGGAUCAACUUACGACUUAGCCUAUCAACUUAGAAAGCGUGACGCACUUGAUCUUGUUUUAGCUGUCAGCUCUUUGUUUGUCUUUCCGGAAACGCCGAUUGUUCCCGUCCGUCCGUGUAUUGAGGGCAAUUGGGAAGGCGCUUUUCUGACCGAGGAUCCGAGAAAGAUUUGGGCUGAAGGACGAUUUGCCCAGAAACCAAUUGUUAUUGGUAUUACGUCCGAUGAGGGUACUUAUGCUUCCUUUAUAACUACAAAUCAGACCCUGGUAGACACCUACAACGCAAAUAUCUAUGAUAUUCUUCCGGUCCAAUUGGAUUUUCAUCCUAGAUAUGCUGCGGAAGUUUUGGACUUUUACUUCGGAGACAAACACGAGCUUGAUGACACAAAUGCAGUAACGUUUUUUGAGAUGAUUUCCGACAGAAUGUUCCACUACCCAACAUAUAAAUUUGUAAAACAGUAUUUAAACUAUGCAAACGUGCAGAAGAAUCCGAUCUUCAUUUAUGAAUUCAGUUUUGAGACCACUCAAUCAUUUGUCAAGUAUUACUCUGGACAAGACAUCAACUUAGGAGUAUCUCAUUCAGAUGACUUGUUCUACCUCUUCACAAUGACAACGCUUUUCCCAAUAUUUGAGGUUGAUACACCGGAAAGUAGAAUGAGCGACAUCUACGUUCGUUCAAUGGUUAACUUUAUUGCUCGGGGAGAGUUCAAAGCUUGGAGGACUUUUAGACCUUGCACGCAACAAACUUCAACUCCUUUCUGUGACUAUCAGAUCUUCGAUCGGUACACAAAGUUGGAUCCUAAUCAAGCGAUCGUUUCCGUUUCGAAUGAAAUAAAUUUCGAAAUGGUCAAAUUUUGGGAUAAGAUCGAUUACGGUGUAAGUGGCAUUUCUACUAAAACAUGCGCUGAUUGCGAGAACAAACAAUGCUAAAUCCAGUUAUUUUUAGAAAUUUUAGGUUUGAAAAAUGGUUGACUUUAACAUAUUAUUACAGAUAUGGGAUACUUGCUUUGGGUUCAUUCAUUAAUAACUAGUUAUAACUCAUUAUAUGAAAUGUAUUACAUGAACUUUUAGUAAGGUAUAUUAAUAUUCAGUCAAUAAAUUUCAAAAAAACACUGAA